AUGGCAGAUGCACUCACUCCCAUCACGUCCAGAUGUCGGUUCGGGCGGACAAUGCGAGACACCCAUUUCAUGCUCGCACCUACUUACACACCUCUGAACCACGGCUCCUUUGGUACCUACCCUAAGCCCGUACAAAAGCGCUUGCACGAAUGCCAGACAUUGUCCGAAGCACGGCCCGACAACUUCCAACGCUAUGACUAUCCCGUAAUGCUGGACAGAUCUCGUGCCGCUAUGGCUUCGUUCUUGAAUGUUCCAGUUGAUGAAGUAGUAUUCGUGCCGAAUGCCACUACAGCCAUUAACGUUGUCUUGGAGAAUCUGAGAUUCAAGAAGGGAGAAGUAAUUCUGCAUCUGAGUACUUUGUAUGGGUCUGUGGCGAAGAUGAUAGAGUACAUUCACGAAACCAGAGGUGUGGAAAGCGUCAAUGUCGCGGUGGAAUAUCCGAUUGAUGACGAUGUAUUGGUUUCAAGGUUCCAAACGGCAAUCAACGACGUCAAGGAUGGCAAGAGACGGAGAGUGGGGGUCGCCAUCUUCGAUACCAUCUCAAGCCUCCCGGGCGUCAGAGUCCCUUGGGAGCGAUUGGUGGAGGUGUGUCGGGAGGAGAACGUACUGAGUUUGGUUGACGGUGCUCAUGGGGUUGGCCAAAUAGAUCUCGGGUUGUCGAAGGUGCAACCCGACUUCUUUACCAGCAACUGCCACAAAUGGCUAUACGUACCCAGAGCAUGUGCCGUCUUCCACGUCCCCAGAAGAAACCAACAUUUGAUCCGCACAUCUCUACCAACUUCUCAUGGCUUUGUGCCUAGGCCGCGAGGACCAGGCCACGAGAUUAUGAACCCCCUCAUGAAGGAUUCCUCUAGUACAAGCCCGUUUGCCUUGCUCUUUGAGUUUGUGGCGACACUAGACGUUAGUCCCUACCUCUGCAUAGAAGAAGCUUUGCGCUUCAGGCGCGAAGUCUGCGGUGGAGAGGAAAAGAUUAUGAGGUAUUGCGAGGAGAUAUCAAGUGAAGCUGGAAGACAAGCUGCCGAGAUCCUCGGAACAGGUGUCAUGGAGAACGGGACGAAAAUGCUAACGAAAUGCGCUUUCACGAACGUGCGAUUACCAUUGGAGAUCGGAGAUGGGCCGGAGCAGAUACCAGAGAAGGACAUGUAUCUAGUCGCCGUCUGGAUGACGGCGAUGCUUGUGAGGGAGUCGGAUAUUUACUCGCCAGUGUUCUUCCAUGCGAGAAGGUUUUGGACCAGGCUCAGUGGGCAGGUCUACCUUGACCUGGGUGAUUUUGAGAAGGGAGCCAGGGCUCUGAAGACACUUUGUGACCGUGCCAAGAGCGGGGAAUACUUGCAGCAAAAGGCGAGACUCUGA